GGGUUACGAAACUAGCGUUUAUAUGAAAAGUAAACAAUAGGCACAACUACGGCUGUGUAAAUGAAACAUUUGUACUCUAAUUAGAAAUAAGAGCGCAAAACCUUAUUUCAUGGAUCCGAGAUCACAAUUUAUAUUUUCUACUGCUCAAACGUAUUUCCAGCUGGACAGUAUAAACUUGAAUGAGCUUGAAAAUGAAAGACAUGUCAGUAGUUUUUUAGAUUGCCUAAAUAUUUUUACUCUUGCUUGCUAUCUCGAAAAAAACGGAAGUUUAUUGUUCUUUAACGAGAUUGUACAUCAUGACAACACAAAACAAAUGCUCGUGUUUGUCAAAUUACAACCAACCUACAUAAAUGAGAAAAAUUACAAAACAAACGUUAUGGUUUGUUCAAUUCCUGGUUCUCCAGUUCUUAGUUUCUACAACUCUAUCAGCAAAUUAUUCGCGCCUUUGUUACUAAAAGGUGAUGAUAAAUCAAUGUUACAAGACCCAAAAAUACAGAUAGCUCUGACGAAUCUGGCUGCAGGACUGUCUUCCAUCGUUAGUGAGGGUGAUGGCUCCGAAAACACGACAAGUAAUUAACAUGUGAUAGAAAUUAUUAUGCUAAAUUGUUGUAUGAGGAAAACUGCACGUAACUCAUUAGAAAAUUCACUGUACGUCAACCAAACUGGCUUCAGACAUCUAAUAUCCUUU